ACUAAUCUAGUAAACACUAGUUGUGCGAUACUUAAAUCCAAAGCUAUCAUUUUUGACAAUGGAGAGAAUCUGUGUCGAUAAAUCAGCUUUACAAGCAGUGGAUGACUACUGUGAGUACAGAAGACUUGUGGGUGAUGAUGAUGGAGGGAAACUGUUCACUCCAGAGGAAUAUGAGGAGUACAAGAGGAAACUACUCCCUCAGCGGCUGAAUAACAGGCUGUAUGUGAGCUUUGGGGUUCCAGGAGGUAUCGACUGCAAACUCAUUGGUCCUGAGACUCAGUGCUUCUGCACACAUAGGUACAAGCAACAUAAGACCGACUUUGAAGUGGUUCCCUCUCAGCGACCCCUGGUCCUACCAUGCCAGGUCAGAGGAUGUCAUUGUUCUGCUUACCAGUAUGUUCCCCAGAUUGGGCUGAUACCUGUCCGCUGCAGGUGUAAACACUUUCCCCAGGAUCACAGUGAAGCUACAGACCACUUGUGCAAUAAAUGUAGCUCAUGUUCUGGGUUCAACAGCUCAUACACCUGUGGGUGUGGCCAGCCUAGUUCUGCCCAUCAGACCCUGGUUGAGACAAAACUAGAGAGGGAGGCUCGUGGUCAGCCUAUAGGCAAAGAUGUCCCUUAUGCUGCCAUGGGGGGGUUAACGGGGUACAGCUCCCUGUUGGAUGGUUACCUCGCUUUGGAAGCCAGUGGCUCAGAUCCAGAAACAGAAGAUGGCUGCCAGCAGAGAUGCGCUGCCUCAAGGAUAAAAAAAACAUCUACUGGAGCAUCUGGCUCUAUUCACUGUAAGGAGAGACCAACACACAUUGAAAUGCAACUCUUCUCAUAGUCCAUUUGGGAAACUGUUCAUUAAAUGCUGGACAAUAUUAACCUUGACGAAUAAAUCAUACACAUCUUCUGAUUUAUACAAUUACAUUUUUUUCUAAAUAAAUCUUGAGAACAUUUUGUUUGUUUCACAGAUAACUGUUUUCUUUUGCAGUGAAGUGUCUGUGUUUUUCAGGGGCGUAAAACAAUUGAGUAAUAGUCGUGAUUAAAUCCCAUCCCACAACUAAACAAUGAACUGACAACAUAUUGAUCCCAUGUGUGUGGAGCUUUACUGGGUCAUAUUCACAAGUGUGACAGUUAUUUGUGAACAUGUUUAAGACCAUACAGUUUCACAGAGCCUAAAUACUUUGAAAUACAAACUCAA